AUGAACAGGUUUGGUCAAAUCUACUUGGGCUCACAUGAUCUUCAAGAAGGCUGGGGGUCCAGUGUUGGCUUAUGUAUUUUCACCCAAAAAAAGCAUAACAUUCACACUCCAACAGAAGAGCAGCUGGAGGAGGUCUGGGAUUCAGGAGAGUACAAGGGGAAAGUGACUGCUGGUGAUAUACAGGCAGCAUUUGACUGUGGUGAAGAAGUGCUUCACCUCUGGAAAAUGAAAUGUGUUGAGUUUGACAAGUCCCUUCAACGCUGA